AUGAAUGUCACACACAAGGAGCUGGCCAGCAAUGCUGUGUUAUCAGAGCAGUGCAGCUGGGCCUGGAGUGAUAAUUACGAGCGGAUCCGGAACUGUGUGGCCACACACAACUCCAACACCGUCAUUAUGUUUGCAGGGGACAUGAAGGUGGUGGGCCUGAUCACCAAUUACGAUGAGACAACCUACAUAGAGGAGGUCAGAGACCUGGCAGUGUGGUGCCAGGACAACAAAUUCUCCCUCAACAGCUCUGUGCUGCUCUGCAAUGCAAAGACGUAUGAGAUGCAUAUCACCGAGUGGCUGGACCUGCGUUGCAGAGGGGUGCGUAAUGCCAAUGCUUACAUCCUGGUCUAUGACAUAUGCUGUGUGGAGAGCUUUGAGUAUGUCAAGAUGAUCCGCCAGCAGAUCGUGGAGCACAGGGAGGGCAGCAGCAGUGAGGUUCCCAUCCUGGUAGUGGGAAGUAAGAGGGACCUGCAGCGCCAGCGCUUCACCCCUCGCAGGGCUGUCUCUGUACUCGUCAAGAAGACCUGGAAGUGUGGCUAUGUGGAGUGCUCUGCCAAGUUCAACUGGCACGUGGUCCUGCUCUUCAAAGAGCUGCUGGGCAUCGCUGUGGCGCGCGGCAUGAAACAUAACCACACCCCUGGGAUCCGCCUACAAGGGGCACUGCAGAGGAACCGCUGUGCUGUCAUGUGACCCAUUGGAUUCCCCCCGUUGUAGGUUGAAGUUGCCCCUAGGCACUAAUUUGGGGUCAGUUUCACUUUUCCCCCAGUAAUGGCUAAGGCUAGGGUUGAGAAAGGGGAACAAGAUCCUAGAUCUAUACAUAGGGGAAACUUCACCCCGGAACAGUUCCUCCCCACCUGCAGUGUGUGCAAACCCACAUUUUCAUCCGCUGUCCAGUUGGCUGGUUUCAGAUGAUCCUGCACCUAUGCCAGAGCCAUAAGAGCCUCCCAGUCACACCUCAGGGUGAAUAAUAGGUACAUGGAGAAGAUGACUUCAAUGUAAACGGCUGGAAAACACACUGAGGCCUCCUGCUUUACAGAGCUGAUUUUCUUAUGAGGUUUAUGUGACUCCUGCGCUGUAGCUACUAGGACUGACCUUUGGCCCAGUAUAAGAAGUACAUCUUUAUCACCUAUCGGAACACUCCAGUUCUGUCUCAAUGUUCCGAUUGAGAGAAAGAAAGAAGAGGAAGAGGAUGAAGAAGAGGGUUUGUUAAUGGAUUUAGAGAAGUGGAGCAGCUAUAUCACUUCCAUAGCUCUGGUCAAAGUUAGACACACAAUUAUCACCACACCACCAGGUGUGGUACCGAGCUCCCCGGAUCACAAGGCAACAGCUCCUCAUACUGAUGGUUAUCUGUUGGUUUGAGAGCUUGGGGACUGUGUGCAUCUAGUGGAAAUAGGUACCAUUACUAACAUGACUGGAUAUUUCCUCUCCAUAUUAGCUUAUACAUGUGAAGGAAUGCAACUUCUUUAAAAGUCUUCCUUUUUCAAACCGUGUGUGGUAAUGUCAUGUGAGGUAGACAAAUGCCCUGGCUGUCGUACAUGAAAUUGCAUUAUUCUAAUGGCGAUAGAUGUAGAGUAGGAAAGCCUAGGUUAGAAGGGUAGUGUGGUAGCUGGUAAACAUAGGUGAGUCAACAAGAUAGAUGGCCUACUCUUGGUUUACCACAUGCACAUCCUACAUGCAGAAUAUUACGAAAUGCUCUGAGGCCAGGUUGAGUGGUACUGUAGCAGGACCAGAAACCCUUCUUAAGACAACAUAGUCCUCCAGAACACACCCACUAAGCAGUUAACCAUUUGAUGUCUUGCAGGUCACUUUUUUUCAAGAAUUAAACAAACAUUCACUAACAGUCAAACAUUCACUGUUCGAUACCAUUCCACUUAUUGUCACUAAUUGUGAUUGUUAUGAAAUCGUAGUACUGUCACUCCCUCUUCUCAUUUAAAGUGUAUUGUUUAGAGGAGGAUAUGAGGUUUUCUUGCAGCAAAAAACACUGCAGUCGUUAAUCCGCUCCCUCCCUCCCUCUCCUCGUCCUCUAUCUGUGUGUUUCUGAUGAAUACAUUAUAUCCAUGGUGCUCUGGGGCCUGCAAGGCGCUCUGGUGCAACCUGAAGAGGCAGUGGUAUAGACAUGAAAUGUGAGGCGGGGAUAGUGGGCAGGGGGUGUGGUUUUGGCGAAUACGUGGGAUGAUUUUGAAAUGCUUGUCAUGUUAUGCACAGGUUGAUUGCCAGGCAAUGGAAGAAGAAAAGAGAGAGGUAGUGACUGUUGUGGGGAGCAAUAAGCUGCAGAGCACCUUGACCAGCCAGACAAGCUGUCUCCAACCACAGACAUCCUGCGCUAUACUAGAACACCUCACAUAGAAUGUAUAAAACCUCCCUCCUCUUGGAUAUACCCAGACCACACACAAGGUAGGAGACACCCAUAGCAUACUAUGUAUUGGCAUCCUACCACUCAAACACGCAUAAUACUUUCUGCAAAUUUCAAAGCAAUGUCUGAAUUGUGCAAUAUAUUUUUAAUGUUUGAGAACGUGGUAAAAAUGUGUCCUAUGAUUACAGACACCCUGUGACAAUGUUUGCACUGAAAAUGAGUACCUGUACUGUGUAUACGUACAUGCAUCAUUGAUUUGCAUGCUUUUGCUGCCAAGCUAGAAGGUCAGGGUUUAAUUGCACUGGUGUGAUUAUGUGUAGCUGUAAUUAUUUACCUGUGUGUACACUAUAUAUACAAAGUAUGUGGACAUCCUUUCAAAUGAGUGGAUU